ACGACUGCAUUAGCAGCGUCGACUGUAUUUUCUCCGCACCAAUCAGAUUACAGAGUUAUUUUCAUCUGUGAGAAUCGCAGUAGCAGAGUUGCGUGAUCUGAUCCUGAGUUUUUCAAGUGGUGUCUCUGCCCUUUCCCCAGAAUCUGCAUAUGAUGAAGGAGGUAAGAGCGGGCACUGCCAUCCCUGGAGGCUCAGAUAAUGAACAUAAAAUCUUAAGAAAUAAAUAUUUGGUGGAAGUACCUGAGGUAAAAUGCUUGUGACGGUAAACCACAAGGCAAAGACAACGUUGAUGUUCUACAAGUGCCAUCAUCUCCUUGUCCCAUCAAGCAGGGACAACAAAUACGUCCCUUAGAAGUGUUUUACGUUAUAUAGCAGGUGAACUAAAAUUUGGACGAUCAAUAAAAAUAAUAUGGAGUCAGACCGCAGUAUAAGUUCUGAUCCUGCGAAUUCAGAAAAAAAGGUUAAGAGACUGAAAAAAAAGUCUCAGAGAAGCUCUGACUUCAAACCCUCGAUGAGUUGCAGCAGUGGAGAGCGCUUGAGUGAAGCCAAGGAGCCGACCAAGCUAGUUGAAGGCAAGAAGGAGAAGCAACAGUUUACACGUCCACUGUGCAAGAAGACCUUCAAACAGGCUGGCCAUUACAGAAGACAUGAAGCCCUCCAAUGUGGAAAGAGACUCUACAAAUGUACCGAGUGCGAAAAAAGCGUCCGGGACAAGGUGGAACUGGAGCGCCACAUGAGGACUCAUACGGGAGAAAGGCCUUUUAAAUGUUCCAUGUGCGGGAAAGGGUUUAUCAACAAGGCCCACCUUACUGUCCAUGAGAGAUUCCACACGGGGGUGAAGCCCUUCCUAUGUGCUGAGUGCGGGAAACAAUUUGUCAACAAGACCCAACUUACUAUCCAUCAGAGAACCCACACUGGGUUGAAGCCGUAUAAGUGCCCUGAGUGUCCAAAAAGUUUCUGCCGGAAGAAUCAUCUCAAUAGGCACUUAAGAAUCCACACAGGAGAGAAACCCUUUGAGUGUGAGAAGUGCAAGAAGAGGUUCAGCAGGAAGUAUAUUCUGGAUGUCCACUACAGAGCUCACAGCCCAAACAAAAUUCCAAUUGUGGAAUCCGAUCAAUCUUCUGGUAUAACAGAAGACUCGGAUGAUUGGUGAAGCUGAAAGGCCGUUCCAAGGGUCCAUGUGAUUCUUUAAAUCAGGGAUCGACAAAUCCAGGUCGCCAUGGCAACUAGAAAUAGGGUCCUGGCGACUUGGCUUGGAAGG